AUGUCGGUGGACUCCAUCGCCUUCCACCACCAGCGCCCGACCAAACACCUCCUCUCCUCCCCCUCUAAAUCCCCGACCUUAUCUUGGAAAACUACACCGUCUAAAUCCGACUGGCAUCAGAGGACUUACCAGAUCCGGCUCGACCGUCCGGACUGGCAACCGACUACCUACUACGUCAAUUCCGCCGCCAGCGUCGCUGUAACAUGGCCCGGGGCCGAUAUCUCCUCUAGAGAGAUCGUCAAGGUGAAAGUUGCUGUGCGCGGGGCUGGCGAGGAAGAAGAUAUAUGGUCUGAGGAGGUUGGUGUUGAGGGCGGUCUCUUUGAACGGGAUGAUUGGAGCGCUGUGCCGAUAUGUGCUGUUGGAGAGGUGGACUUAAGCGGGAGGGUGCCAGCCACGUUAUUGAGAAAGGAGUUUACGUUGGGAGAUGGGGGUAAAUUGAUCAAGAGAGCGAGGCUGUAUGUUACGGCGCUGGGGGUUUACGAAGUGGAGAUUAAUGGGAAGAAGGUGGGGGAUGAGGAGUUCGCGCCCGGGUGGACAAGUUAUGGGCACCGGAUCAAGUACCAGACAUUUGAUGUUGCGCACUUGCUGCGUAAGGGGCAGAAUGUUGUUGGGGCGUAUUUGGGGGAGGGAUGGUAUAGAGGGAGGAUAGGUUUUGAAGGUUUGUUCGGUGCAACUUAGGGACGGUGGGGAGUUGCUGACUAUCGGAGGGAAAAACAGGGGGCAGAACAGCGAUAUACGGAAAGGAUACCGGACUUAUAUUCCAGUUGGAGAUUACCCACGAGGAUGGCACGGUUACCAGGGUUGUCUCGGAUGAUUCGUGGGAAGCUUCAACGGGCGCAAUUCUCUAUUCAGAGAUUUACGACGGGGAAUUGUAUGAUGCGCGGUUGGAGAAGCCCGGGUGGUCUUCCCCGGGGUAUACAGGAUGCGGCGACUGGAGCGCCGUACGAGAGCUGCCGUUCCCCACCGCAGAUCUAGUAUCUCCGACCGGCCCACCCGUCCGUUGCACCGAGAUCCGAGCUCCCGUAAAAGUCUUCACAACCCCAUCCGGCAAGUCAGUAGUAGACUUUGGACAAAACCUCGUGGGCCGGCUGCGGAUCAAGCCCCGCGGCUCCGCCGGCCACAAGAUCACCUUCAUCCACACCGAGGUUCUCGAGAAGUCUGGAGAAGUGGCGACCCGACCACUUCGCGCAGCACAAUGCACGGACCACUACAUCAUGAAAGGAGGUGGCGGGCCGGAAAUCUACGAACCUAAAUUCACAUUCCAUGGCUUCCGCUAUGUUCAGGUGGAUAAUUGGCCUGCGGGCUCGAGUCUCCUGGAAGACGUGGAAGCCCGGGUGCUGCACACGGACAUGCAGCGCACAGGUUGGUUUUCCUGUUCCAACAAUUUAAUCAACAGACUCCACCGGAACGUGGUUUGGGGUAUGCGCGGGAACUUUCUGGAAAUCCCGACGGAUUGUCCACAGCGGGAUGAGCGCCUGGGAUGGACGGGGGACAUUCACGUUUUCUCAGAGACGGCGAGCUUUCUUUAUGAUUGCAGCGGUAUGCUCCAAGGCUGGCUUCAAGACCUUGCAUUUGAGCAAAUGGACAACGAUAAUCGCGUGCCCCCGCUGGUGGUGCCCGAUGUUAUUGACCCCGCCAAAUUUCCACGCCUACCCCAGGCCAUCUGGCAAGAUGUUGCGAUAGUGCUCCCAUGGGUGUUAUACACCCGAUUUGGAGACGUAAACAUACUAUACUCUCAACUAACUAGCAUGAAGUCCUGGCUCUCGUCCGGUAUCCCACGUGACCCGGCCACAGGUCUCUGGUCCAAGACCUUCCAAUUUGGGGACUGGCUGGAUCCCAGUGCGCCGGGCGACGCCCCACAAGAUGGGUGUACGGAUCCGAUGCUCGUCGCGAAUGCAUUUCUAAUCCACGUUACGGACCUCCUCUCCCAGAUAUCCACCGUCCUCGGCGACCCAGAUGCCGCCACAGCGUACGCCGCAUCCGCAAGCGCCCUCCGCCAAGCCUUCAACCACGAAUACGUGACCCCCGCCGGCCGUCUAUCCUCCGACUCGCAGACGGCAUAUGUCCUAGCGCUCCGCUUCAGCAUCCUCCCCACCCCGGCACAGGUCGAAGGCGCGAGCAAGCGCCUUGCAGAAGUUGUCCAGAAGUCAAAAUUCAGGAUUGCGACCGGCUUCGCUGGCACUCCGUACAUUUUGCCGACCCUCACCACGACUGGCAACCGUCAGCUGGCCUACCGCAUGCUGCACGAGCGGGGGUGCCCUAGCUGGUUGUAUCCACUGCAGCACGACGCGACGACUGUCUGGGAGCGUUGGGAUGGCAUACUGCCCGACGGGAGUAUAAACCCUGCCGAAAUGACGUCAUUCAAUCACUACGCCCUUGGCGCGGUGGCGGAGUGGAUGCACGCUAGUAUCGGAGGGAUCGCCCCCGCCGCGCCCGGUUGGAAGAAGAUCUGGGUUGCACCGGUUCCUGGUGGGGAGGUUUCGUGGGCUGAAGUGAGAUUUCUGAGUGUUUACGGGGAGGUGUAUGUCCGCUGGGAGAUCAAGGAUGCUAGGUUUAGAUUGGAGGUUAGGAUUCCUGGGAAUACUAGCGCUGGGAUUGUGUUCCCGAGGGGAGCAAGAGGCGAGGAAGUCCUUAUCGUUGAGGAGAAUGCUGGGAGUGAGCUAGAGGAGGAAGAGGGGGAAGAUGUGGAGGAAGCUGGAGAUAGGGAUGCAGGCGAGAAAGUCUUGGAAGUUGGAUCCGGCAUACAUGUUUUCGAUAGGCCGUGGAAGGAAGACACGGACUGGCCGCCCGCGCUCUUGUCGCAUCCGUACAUGCCGGAUAAGGAGUGA